AUGAAACAUAACCAUGAAGUUAGCAGACAAGAGAUAACAAGCGCCCAUUGCCUAAAGGCGGUGGAGCUUAGAGCUCUUCAUGCUGCUCUGAUACCACGGAAACAGCCCGCCAAUCUCAAAUCUCUUCUUCCUCCCCUGUUUUCACGCCCUGUUUCUCACAUUUCAAAAUCUGUAAUCUCUUGCAAUAGAUGCCAAGCCUGCACUGUUACCUCUGAUUAUGAAAAUGUGACCACCAAGAACACAAGCAUCUAAAUUGUUGUUUCGCAUGGACAGAGUUCUCACUCAUCCGUUCUACCACAACAACCAAAAAAUCGUGGAAUGAUUUCCUUGUUGGUUUCCAAAGUUGAAGGAAAAAGUACAAGAAUGAGAAAUUCACCUAACGAACAGAAUCUGGAAGAAGUUUCGCAGAUUUUCAAGGACAUAGGGAUAUUAUCAAUUGAAACAUUGAAAAGAGAAUUGACAGAAGCAAAUGAGAAUAGAGAUGCAGCUUAAAUGGAAGUUGCUGAGAAUGAAAUCUUCAUUAGGGGAACUGAGGCAGAAAGCUCCGAGUACUUGGAGAAGUUAUUGGGUGAGAGCUAGAAAGCUCUCAGGCAAGCCACACUAACAAAAGGCUCACCAGUAAUUGACAAGAUGAUAAGAAGAGGGAAAAUCCAACGAGAAAAUUUAAUGCCGGUAAGUGAAGAAGUAUGGUGGAAGGGUUUUUGCAGAUAGUAUCAGAAGCAAAGAUUGUCUGUUAAAACAAUUUAUGCAAAAAUACUUGUGGGACAGAUUGAGGAAAACAGACGGCACUCUAUGGACAACGCUGAAUUUUUGCUCCUUCAACCAUAUAACUCUCUCUCAAAUUCAAAGUACUCUAAGCAGUUAAUUAUAUCAUCUGGAAGCUAUAAGAACCAAUCUCUUUACCAAAAUUUGAGAAUUCUGUAUUCUCAAAAGAAGGUUCACCAAAGCAAUCUAGACCCUCAACAAGACCGCAAAAGCGCAAGUUUGCAAUCAAUUUGUUGAUUGAGGAAUUUUAGCUGGAAUGAAGUUUUAAGAAAAGGGACUAAAUAUUACGAUGAAGAUUUUAGUAGAUUCUGUGAUCAAAGAAAAGAGUGCAUCAUUACAACUAUGAAUUGGACAAGGCCAUGGCCCAACAACUUCCUUCAGCAUUUUUUGUUGCUGGCUAAAUGCAUAUGGUUGCUUCAUUUAUUGCUUUUUCAAUUCAAUCCACAACUGGGAAUUUUUUGUAAGGAUUGA